AUGCCCGUCGUUGGGCUCGUCACCGUGCUCCCUAUUAGGCCUCUCGUCGUGCUGUCCAACACGGCGGCACGGUCGCAGUGCUCGCCGUUGGUCUUCUCGUUCGUGCUGUCUGACGUGGUGGCGUUGGCGUCGAGCUCACUGUUGGUCGUCUCUUCCGUGGUGCCAGCCAUGACAGCAUCGGUGCCGUGCUCGACAUUGGUCUUCUUGUUCGUGCUGUCCGCCAUGACAGCAUACGCGUUGCCCACCGUUGGAGGCACCUCUGUUGCAAGAGCGCGACACUCGCGAGUAGCUCCGAUCCCCACGAUCGAAGUUCCUGCUGAAGAUGACUGUGCUGCUACUGAUAACGUUGUUGCGCCGCUAUUCAAGGGGCGAUCUAUUGCACACCGUGGCUCGACGACGGAGUGA